UACAAUAUGACUCAGUACCCAAACGACUUUAGCAUCAAACAUAACCUAAAAUAAAUUAAGACUGUUGAAAUGAAGAGCGUUGUAGUUCUUGUGUGUUUAUUAGUGAUCGCAGUGCAAAUAAAUGAAGCAAAAGAUCUAGUUUUAGGUACGAGAGUCAAUAAUCUCCUAAUAUCCACUGAAAAACUCGUCGUUAAAGGAAUACCACUAUUUAGAAGAGAUAAAGAUUAUGUGUAUAUUGAUUCCAAGCAAAGGCUUAUUAAGGGCAUCAUCGCCAGAGACCUCUCGCGGACAGAUGCAGAAGUGACAGUCACAUCGGGGGGAGUAGGAGCAACCAAUGUGACGCUACAUUUCAAGAGUGGAAGAGGGGACGGGCUUAAUUACCUCAUACUCAUAUUUAGUCAGAAUAGUUAACUAUUAAAAGAAAAAAGUGAGAACUGAAUACAGUACUUCUUGGGACUGAAUUAACUCAUUAUUAUUUUAUUAUUUAGUCGGUAUUUAGAGCACUUGAAGCAAGCAAGUAUCUGUGAAAUGCCGUGAGAUCAUAAUGUAACACACACAAUUGACACCACUUUUGUCUCUUACGAGGUAGGCAAAGUCACAAGAUUCGAAGGCCAUGUUUAGAUGGACAUAGUGACAGGUUGCUGUACCAUUCUUUAACAGAAGAAUCCCAAUUUUAAGAGCACUUUGCAAUAAUAUAUUUGCCCAAGAGUCAGAUUAAUUCACCAAAGUUAAAUUAGUCAAUAAAUAACUUUAUGGGUAUAAAUACAUAAAAGGUAUCCGCCCACGAAUUUACCUACUUACAAUCAACAAAUUACAUUAAAUACUUCAAAGCCUAUGUGAAUUUAAUUUAUCGAUUCUCAGAAAUGCACUCAGUUUCUAUCAUGUACUAGAUACAUUUUAUAAACUCAUACUCAUAUGAAACGAAUAUAAAUAUCGUAAUUAAAGGAUAGUAAUAUAAUAAAGCAACUGACAAUUUUUUUCUAUAUUAUAAUAAUAUAAUAUUAUAAUAAUAUAAGGAGAAGCAAUCUCUCAGAUGCUAUGAAACAAGUUAUAUAGUAAUUACGCAAAGCAUUUUUUAUCUGAUCUGUAUUAAAAAAAUAUAAACUGUACUCUUUCUUCCAACUACAAACUAAAACCGUAAACAGUGUAAACAUUUCACAAGCCUAACGAAGUCAAACAAAGUCCCCUGUAUGAUCAAACGAACACAAAUCAAUUUUGGCAAGUCGCGUUGCACUGUGGAAAAAAAAUAAUCAAAGCACAGAAUCGUAACUCAUGUUAGCUAUUAUAUUAUUGUUUGUUUGUAAACUCUUUAUUGCACAUAAAAAUUAAUAUAACAAAUUACAAAACAGUUAUUGGAUUUAGAAGAAUAUGUACAAUGGCGGACUUAUCCCCAAUAGGAUUUCUUCCAGUCAACCAAUUUGUAUCUGUCUUACAACUUCUUUAUAAAUAAUUUCUUUUUUCGAAUCAUAUCCAAUUUUAAAUUUUAUUUUAUUAAAGUCACUUCCGUUUCAAUACAUUUUUUUUUUACAAAACGCAUGUUAAAAUGAAGAUCCCAUAUGGUCUUUAGCUUUGUAAGUGUAUAUGUUUAAACUAAUAGUGUAUUCAUGUCUUUCUUCUAAGUUUAUCUUCGCAUAUUCAUUAAAAUCGCUCCAAAUGUAUUUGAGACAACUGUUUAGAAUAUUAGUAUAGAUGAUAGCAGGCAGUAAUUCUAUGGUCUCUUUAAUGUGUGCCUGUGCUGUGUUUAAACUGAGGGUGACUGGACUAAUGGAGACACUGGCAUUAAGCGGGGCUCGUGCUGGGCCAACAUUGACACAGUGGGGCCCUAAUUAGUUUAAGCCCGUGGCUGGAUCACUCUGCAAUGGAUGUAUGAAUAUUGCAGGAAUGGACACUGGCCGCAAUUUGGCGAGGUCAAGUCAGGUUACUCAUUAAAUCUCCUUUAUAAAGAUGAAUAUUUUUAUUUACUAAACAUACGUGUUGUUUAUGUUUAAUACCUUCUAUUUCACGUCGAUUUGGAAUGAUUCAGAUUAGAAAUAUGUAUUUAAUUUCCUUUUUCCCUACAUUCAACCUUAAUUAAGGCACCAAGAACUUUAAUACUUAAUAUGGAUAGUUUCCCAAAUUUUUAAGUACACUUAGUUUAACAACGCGAAAUGUAUCCGAUUACUACAAUCCAAAUAGGUUCUCGCACAGAUCGACAGAAAAGCUGACUAUAAUGAACUGAAAGAAAGUUCGAUUAAAAUUUUCGCAUCGAAAGCAUUUGAUAAUAACAAGUUUUUUUAAUACUAUGACCACCAUUUUUGUUAGUACUAAAGAUUUGAUGUAAACUAUAAGCAACACUUAACUGAGAUAUUUUGUUUUGCUAUUGGGUUUUACCAUAUUUAUCACUUUCAUUAGCUUCCAUUUUAUUUAUAAAAAAAAUUAAAAUAAGUAUGUUUUCUUUAUGUUGACCUGACGUCAAGAGUAUCCGAAACCGCUGAGCUUGCAUGAAGAGAAUUAUUAAUGUAGAUGAAGCAAAGAAAUUUUGCAGAGAUCGUGGCAAGUGGAAAGAUGUAGUGCCUGCCUCUCCGGGAAAAAGCCGUGAUUUUAUGUAUGAAUGUAUGUUCUUUGUGUAAAACUGUUUUUAUUCCACAAGCACCUCAUCGUCCAAGUGCAUAAAAAUGCAAUGUCCAUCCAGGCUUGCUACAUCGUUGCCCGGUGCCGGCGGCCAGCGGGGCGCCUUUUUAUCUGGGGAUCAGAAACCACGGGGUUAUUACAAUUUUACUCUGCUCCCGUUAUGCUAUAGGAUGAUUUAUUUUCAUUUAUUUAACCUUUGUAGUACAUCUGGGAAGUCCUAUCAAAUGGUUAAGUAAAUAUUUUAAGACUU